AGGAGGAGGAGGAGGAGGAGGGAGCCAACAGAUGAAUGAGAUCCGCUGCUCCGGACAUGUGAGGAGAGGAGCGCGGGACUGGGCUCAGUCCUAAACAGAAUGUGCAUGUCAAGAUCAGAAACCAGAGGACGGAGCUUAACUGGUACUGGUCAUCUGAACCUAAAAGGACGGCACGAUGCAGUAGGACAAGAGACAUUUCUGAUAGUUCUUCUUAGUGUUUAUGCAUAAGGGUUUUGUUUGAUUCAGGUGGACCAUGACUAACAAGCAAGGAAGGCAGUGGAGGUCGAUGUGUAAAGGCCUGGUCCUGGGUACACUGCUGACCAGCUGUACGAUCCUGCUUUACUGCCUGUCCACCCCACAGAUCCCCUUUCAUGUGCCCGAGGUCCCUGUUCCUUACUCUUGUGCCCACCGUCCAUCCCAGCUCCACACCACAAAGCCCAUAAAUAGUUCACAGAAGCCCUCUGAACGCUCCUGUUCUCCUAAAGUGGAUAUCAUGUUCAUGAAAACCCACAAAACAGCGAGCAGCACCUUCCUCAACAUACUUUUCCGCUUUGGAGAGAAACACCGGCUCAAAUUUGCCUUCCCCGACAGCAGGAACGACUUCUUCUAUCCGUCCCUGUUCCAGCGCUCGCAGGUUAAAGACUACAGAUCUGGAAUGUGCUUCAACAUCAUCUGUAAUCACAUGCGUUUCAACGCGCCUGAAGUGGCAAAGCUGCUGCCCACAGACACGUCCUACAUCACCAUUCUGCGAGAUCCCGCGGAGCUUUUCGAGUCGUCCUUCCACUAUUUCGGCCGGGUGGUGCCUCUAACCUGGAAGAUAGCAGGUGAUGACAAGCUGGCUGAGUUUCUGCGUGACCCCCACAGCUACUUUGAUCCAGAGGGCUUUAAUUCUUUCUACCUCAGAAACCUGCUGUUCUUUGACUUUGGACAGGACAACACUCUGCAGCUGGAUGACCCGCGGGUAGACGCAGGAAUCAAAUUCAUCUCUGAGCGUUUUCAGCUGGUCAUGCUGGUGGAAUACUUUGAAGAAUCACUGAUUCUGCUCAAAGAUGCACUCUGCUGGGAAAUGGAUGAUUUGCUCUUCUUCAAGCUGAACGCCCGCAAAGGAUCCACUGUGUCUAAACUCACUCCUGAGCUGAGGGCCAAGGCCCUAGAGUGGAAUGCAAUUGACUGGAAGCUCUAUCGGCAUUUCAACCAAACAUUUUGGAACAAAGUAGAUGCGUAUGGGCGGCAGCGUAUGGCUGACGAUGUGGCAGAGCUUAGGAGGAGAAACAGGAAGAUGGCAUCUAUCUGCAUUGAGGGGGGGCACGCCGUGGAUGCUGGCAGCAUUCAGGAGACAGCCAUGCAGCCCUGGCAACCGAUCGGGGAAAAAUCUAUCAUGGGCUAUAACUUAAAGAAAAAUGUGGACAAAGCACAUUGGAAGUUGUGCCGUAAAAUGUUGACCCCCGAGAUCCAAUACCUCACAGAACUGGGGGUGAACCUUUGGAUCACCAAGCUGUGGGGCCAUGUGCGGAACAUCCUUAACUGGUGAUGACAAAUGUAUUUUGAUGACAAGAUGUCUGACUGCCCAAAGUUUGGGGGUUUAAAGGUAAUUUGACCUUAGCAGGGGAAUUCAUUAAUUGUGUAACAUGUGAUGGUUGACUGUAAAGAGUCUGACUGAAGCUUGGAAUAAAGAAAAGUUUGCUGCAAAUGCU